CGCGGCAGCGGAGGGAGGGCGAGGGCGGCCGCUGACGUCACGCCGCGACGCGUGACGUGACGUGAGGUGAGGUGCACGGAGAAUCGUACGGAGUCGCCGCUUCUUCUCGCCCCUCGCCGGACAUACUUAACGGAAAAGAUGACAGCGUGGAGGCAAGCGGGAUUGAACUACAUCAAUUAUUCCCAAAUCGCAGCUAGGUUAGUCAGGCAGGCUCUGAAAAGCGACCUGAGGACGGAGGCCGCGAAACGCGACGAAGUCAAUGUGAAGUUCACUCAGUGGAAGGACGGGAAAGCUAUCACUGAAAAGAUGUGAUCGUAACGAUCAAAAAUGUCUAGAUGACAAUAUCACAGAUGGAUGCAGAAUAUUCAUCCAAUACAUUUAUAGCCAUAAAUAUGUACGAGGAGAUCUCUAGAUAAAAUAAAAACAUCCUUCGCACUGUCA